GCGGAGCGAGCGCGCUCCUCUUUUCGGUCACCGAAAUUUCGCCCGAACGCGGCUCGUUUGGUCAUCCUCGUGUUCGUGUCGAUUUGUCGCGGAGGAUUUCUGGACAUGGGAGGCGGAUUCUGAUUUCGCCAUCGAUCGAUCGAUCGAGUGACAGAGCGAGAGAGCAAGGCUCGAUUUUGAUGCGAGAGGGUGAGAGAGCGAAAGAGUGACGAUCGGUCGGUCGGUUCGUCGAGAGAAGAAGGCAUGGCAGAGGUUCUGAGCUCGGGCGUGGCCUCUGCUCGCAAUGUGGCUCCGUGCUGCUGCUCGUCGUCGUCCGCCCCAUCGCCGCGGCCCUCGUCCCGCCAGCUGCGACGAAUUGCGCUCAAAUUGCACGGCUGCGGAGGAUUGUCUGUGCGGAGGAGUCAGCCGCGCGUGGCUGGCGGCACUGCCGGAAUGGCUCGAGCAUCCAAGAACAUGCUCGACGAUCCUUUCGACUUCGGCGAGGACGAGGACCUGGAGUACGGCGAUUUGAUGUCGGAAGGGAAGCAGGGCGUGGAGCCUCCGCGGCCCCGCAAGGACAAGAACAGCAAGUAUGGAUUUCUGGACUUUCCGGGCUACCACAAUCUGGAGAUUGCGAGCUUGGGAUUGUACGUGCGCAAGGACGUACGCAGGUGUUUGUGCUGGGUGGCGGGCGGCGUCUACGAGAAUUUGCUCUUCUUUCCCGUGAUCAAAUUGCUCAAAGCCCGGUACCCUGGCGUCAAGGUCGACAUCGUCACUUCGGCCCGAGGAAAGCAGGUGUACGAGAUGAACAAGUAUGUAAAUAAAGCUUACGCCUUCGAUGUCGAUGCAGAGUGGGUCGAACCCGUCGAGCUCAACGAGUUUAUUGGCGUGUUAAGGGACCAGUACUACGACAUGGUGCUGUCGACGAAAUACGCAGGGUUCAAGCACUGCACGACGCUGUACAUGAUCGGAGGACGGACGAGACGCAUCAGCUACGUGCUGCCGUACCACAGCGAGUGGGUGUCGAACUCGUUCCUCACGACGUCGCUCAUGCCUCCCCGGGAGAAUCUGGCGGACGGGGGAUACCACAUGUACAAAGAGUUGAUUGACUAUCUGGCGCAGCCAGGAAAUGGGGUCCCCGAGCAAGCGGUUCCGAUGAUGGAAGUCGGUGUCCCGAAGAGAGUCAGAGCUGUUGCCACGAGCAAGUACACGGAGGCAGGGGUCGAGGCCGGCAAGUUCGUCGUCUUCCACGGCGUCGAGUCAGAUUCUGGAGCUUCCAUGCAAACCAAGGGAGACUCUGACAGUCUGCUUCCCCCGGAAUUCUGGGCAAAACUGAAAGCUUCGGCAGGGACUAGCGUUUUGGUCGUCAUACCGAAUAUGAAGGACAAGAAGAAGGUUAUUGCCGCAUGCGGAGAUGAUGUUCAUGUCGUGUUUAUCACAACCCCAGGCCAGUUGGGAGCGAUCAUAAGAGAUUCCGCUGGAGUCGUGAGUACCAACACCGCGGCUGUGCAAAUUGCAAUCGCUUUCAACAAACCCAGUGUUGCAAUCUUUGGAUCUGACGAAAAAGCUUCCCUCUUCGUUCCACCUCUAGCCAAAAAGUGCAAGGUAGUGACAUCGAAGACCGGAAAAUUAGCAGACGUAGAGGUCGAUGAAGCAAUCUCUGCGUGGAAGUCCGCUUAUUUGGGACAACUGGCUCUGACUGCCUAGAUACACUAUACAGUACUCAAACAAAUUUUCUCACUUUCACAUGUAAUUUUACAAAAGCCGAAGGCUCGAUCUCUUUCUGCUGUGAAGUAGAGCACAUUCACUUCCAGUCUGGUGCAGAUAUGGGACCAUACUAUCUGUUGGCCUGGGUAUAAUCUGAAUCCUGUCAAAGACUGGUUGGAUUCAAUGACUGACUCCAAGCACGACGUUGGCGGUGUUGCUCUUCUGCUUCUGGUGGCCAAAAGGUCACAUCACAGCAAGUGAGAUCUCAUUUCCAGGUGCUUGAUUACUUGAAGCUCGCACUGCUGUCAGUGAACGAACGGUUUCCCAACUAGCCGAGGAGCUUCUUCAGCACCAGGAUCAUGCCGGAAAUGGAUCUUAGACCCAAAGAAUACACCAGCCAUGGUAGCACAACGUUCGAGCAAGUCUCCAUUAUCAAAACCAGGGCAUGGAUACUGCCGUACUGUCAACUGUCGCAUGUGAAGUGGAAUCGAUCCAAAUGUCACCUUAGAGAACAAUGAGUCACACGUUUGGAUGUGUAGGCUAUGUAAUCUCGAUCCCCUAUGUGCUGACAGUCAGUGACCGGAUACGUGCUGAUAACGAUAAAGAGUGCAGCAAAGAACAUAUAAGUAAAAUAAAGAAAAGUCGAACCAUAUCGAUGUACCAUUGUAAGUCUAUCUAAAUAGACACAUAUCACAGCCACAUAUUGCUACUUACAAGUUUUCUGCAGAUUGCCGUAGGUAGAGAUCAAGCCUGUUACACGACAAUCUUUGUAGCCCAACAUCUGACGUGAGAAGGGAUUAAAAACUAACGG